UGCAUGUUUUAGCGCCAUUCUCGUUCUUUCUUCGUGGUCAAAUCGUGGAGUAGGAGUGUGUGGACUGCACCUUUGGAGGGACUUCAGAGGAUCUUCAGCCGAAACCAGCGACCGGAGUUCUUAACCAGUUUUUUGCCAAAGCAGAACCUGCAGUGGGAAGUUAGCCGCUGGUUCGUGGGAGACGCCCAAAGACAGAAAAGGCGAGAUGUGCAGCAGGGGAGGAAUCAGCAUGAUGGAAGAAAGAGAGGGGACCCUGUCACCAGCACCAUCCCCACCUGUCCAGGGAGCACCGGCGGGAGUGGAGGGUAACGCCGGGGUGGGGGCGACCCCAGUGUCGGGGCUCUUAGAGGGCCCUGGGAACCAGCCAGUGGAGCAGACAGGCUACGAGAUCUUCCACUCUUGGGCUUUCAAAAAGGAUGAGAAGAAGAAGCUGGAGGUUGAAGCUACCUUUGGAGAAGAAGGCUGUAUCAAAUGUGGAGCCACCCCAGAUCAAGUGGGAGGUCUAUGGGACGUAGCCUCGGCGCUGCUGUGUGCGGAGUGUUAUGAUCGCAAAAUACAACAGUUUACGGUUCAUACAGCCAAGGGCUUCUUCUUGCACUAUAGCAAGGCAGUCAGCCCUCCGGUACUUCAGCACAGCGGCCUGGAGCUAGAGGCCACAGCCAAAGUCAUCUGGUGUUCGUUGGCAUCCGGACAGAAUCUCCACCCGGGGAUAAGGUUCUAUAAGAACGGGAUUUAUGCGUCAGUGUAUACCAAAAUGUGGCAGUUCCCAAAUGGAGAACGCAUCUCUACAGCGCACCUGGUGGAUGGGAGAUUCUUGGCAAUUGCGCCUAAGAUACCGGUGAAUUUAAGAAGCCAGCAGACCUCACCGCCCAGCGCUCCACAUGAUCGCACACUGAAAAUUAUGCGUUUGGACGACAUGGUCACAAUCAUCGACUAUAAGGAGGAAUUUUUCCCUGUGGGGUGAGGCUCAUCUCAAGAAGAGGUGUCAAAAAGGAGCAACAUCCCCACAGAGCUCUGAGAUAUGAUUAUAAUAUUGAUUAAAAUUAAUGUAACAAUGAUCAAUAAUGAUAAUAACUGUGACCAAUUGAAAUGAUCA